AUUCAUUUUCUUCAAAACUUUUUUUACUUUUACGUUUACGAUAUCACCAUCAAGUUUCAAUUAUUAUCGAAAUAUUUAUCGAUGUUAAUGAAGAACAAAAUUCACCAUCGCAAGUGUUGUAUAACGUUGGCAUUCAAGUGACGCGCUUAUUUGCUUGCAUUUUUUUUUAAAUGAGAGAACGCAAUUAACAAAGGUGUAUGCUACAUAAAUUGUCAAAAACAUAGUGCUGCAUUAAAAUGGCGAAAUUAAGCGACAACACAAUGCGCGAGUUGGACGACAUCUUGAAUGAGAGUGCCUCCUAUGGGGAUCGCUUGAAUGAAUUUCUUAAACUCAAAACGACCAACAAACCACAGAACGGAAAUACUCCAUUUGUGCUCGGAGGACCCAAUUAUUCUUUUAACAUGGGCGAUUUAGACGUUGACAUGGUGAAAUUGUCACCAAAACCGCAGCCCAAAGACGCAGAACAGAAUUCGAAGGAGAUUAAAAAAAAUGCGCUACGCGACUCAACAAACAAUGCUAAUGCAGCGAUACUUCAGUCACCACCAGUUGUCGAAGCGCCCGCCUCCCCAUUAUUUUCGGAGAAUGCGCAGCCAUCUCGCUCUCUUAGCAACUCGCCGAGGAGAAACCUGCGGCGAAGCGGAGGCAUUCCAGGAUCAGAUCGUCUGCGACGCGUGGCAAUACAACGGCGGUCCAGGAGCUGCGGUCGUGAUCUGCUUAAAGAAUUCAACGAUGCGGAGCCUCGAACAUCGAAAACCCAGCAGCAGGAGGAAACUAGUUCUGAAUCCAACACUUUGACUUUUAUACCUGCCAUUAGCAGCACUCCAGCAAUAGAUGCACAGGCUAAAAAUUCAACAGCAGCUUCUGCUGUUGCUGUCGCAACGGAGCAGGAGGAGCAGGUUGGCGCAAGCUUCAAGUACUCUCAACGACGCGAAGAGGUUCUGCUGUCUUCAACAUCACAACGCUUCGCAAACGCAAAUAAUGGAACUGUUCAACGCACUUAUUCUGUCGAAAUGGGCCCCGAGCCAGGACAAUUGCUGCUCUCGCCAUCGCGUAAAAACAGCAACAGUCGUUUGCAUCUAUCGCCGUCGCACUCGGUUCAUAAUGCGUCGCACAGAUUGUCCAACAGAACAUAUGCCCCUUCACCAGCUAGAGCCGAGAUACUGGCGCCAGAUACGCCACCACGAGUGCUGGCGCAUUCGCUACGGGAGUCGGAGUUCACUGUGCCGGAAACGCAGCCACAAGAUGGUAUUCAGCAGCAAGUUCUGCAGACUAUGACAAACAGUCCCAAAGCGGCUCCGUUCGUGGUCAUACCAUUAGCAUGUCUCAGUCCAAAAACACAAAAUUCAAUAAAAGACCAACAACAAUCAGCAGCAACUUCAUCAUCACCAGGAGCAGCUUUAUCAGCAGCAGUUCCAAAAGUUGCCAGUCGUAGUAUGCAAACUUCUGACAAUUCACGUAACAUGAAAUACUUAAACGCGCUCUUGACUGACGACGACAGCGAUGAUCAGCGAGAAUUGAAUUCAUUACUACCAUUAAAUUUAGCACCCCCGGGUGGCAAUACAACACGACAGAGUCGUCUAAGAAAACGGGGGCAACGCGCAAAAAGUCCCAAUAUGCUGUUGGAUUUGCAAACCUCACGGACGCAGCGUCAGAAACCUCUGAAAAAAUCUGUGCUCAAUAAACCAUCGAAACGGCCCAUUAAUGGCGAAGAGUUUGCCGAGGAAUUGGCCAGGAUGAGCAACUAUGAAAUACUUGAUUUACGCAAACGUAAUUCCCUUGGCAAGUUGAAUCCUCUGAACGGUCGGCGCCAGAAUCCAAAGGAGCAACAGAUCAUUGAAGAACACAUCAAGUGGGAACUAAUGCGACGUGAUCGGGAUAAUGUCAGUCCCAAGAAGUCGCUAAGUAAAGUGCCAUUGCCAACAGCAUCACCAUGCGCCAAGUCACCAAUUCCAAAAUCGUUGACAACUGCAAUCAGCAAACCGACCAUGAAUCCGUCGUUCAGAAUGUCGCCAGCUGCAGCACCUGCUGGAUUCAGGGAUAGAUCUAUGCGCGAACGACGGCGUUUACGACGGGAAAGCGAGGAAAAUGCAUUGGGAAAUGAUUCCUUGGACAGCUCACCGGAAAAUGCUUAUCAACAGAUAUCAAAGCAACAAAGGAAACGUAUCAGACGUCGUAAGUCAAGUGUGAGUGAGGACGAAAUACUAGCUAUUUGCACGCCACCAGCGCAGUUUAGACGCUCUAAGCAUAAGCAAAAAGAGGAGCCAAGCACGACUUCAUUGGCAGAGCCACCAUCCGACUUUCGGCGUUCGAAGUCAAUUGUGCAGCUACCAGAUUCUCCAACGCAGUUGGGCAAAUCCAAGUCCAGGCACACAGAAGAGUCGAAUAAGACUGUGGUGGCAGAGCCGCCUCCAGACUUUAGAUAUAGAUCUAGUCAAGGGAUUGAAGAUGACCACAGCGACGAAGAUGCACUUCCACAACCAACAGCACAGCUUCGAAAGUCGCGACACUUAGAACAAUUGGAGACCAAUGAGACUGUUCUGCCAGAGCCGCCUGAGCAAUUUAGAAAGUCUAAGUCCAGACAUGUAGAGCAAGAACCUGAAGGUGUGUCGAACACUUCACCAUUGCAAGAGUCAAGAAUUUACAGAUCUAGAUUGCGCAUUCGAGACAACGAAUCCCCACCUCUAGAGCAAUCUGUACAGCUCCGAAAGUCGCGGCACUUAGAGCAACUAGAUAUCAUUCAGUUCAAUGAAACUGUGAUCUCAGAAAAUCCCCAACAAAUGCGAAAGUCAAAGUCGAGACGCUUUGAGCAGCUGGAUAUCGUAGAGUCAACCGGUCAUUGCGAACAUUCUAAGAUCACACACUUUGAGAUGCAUACUGAGGAAGUAUCUGCACUCCCAGAGCCACCCGAAGAGUUUAAGCGACAUAAAUCUAGACUACGCAUUGAAGAUAAUGACUCCGAUGAAGCUGCACCACCAAUGCCAGCUUCGCCUGUACAGCUGCAAAAAGCCAAAUCUAAUGACAAGAAGAAGAAUCACAUAUCUAUACAGCGCAUUGAAGAUGACGAUUCGGAUGAGGCUGCAAUGCCGGAUCCGCCUGCACAAUUGCAAAAGUCCAAAGCGAAGCAUUUAGAACAAAAUAAUAUAGUGGAAUCUUAUGAAACUGUACUGGCAGAUCCUCCAGAACAGUUCAAAAAGUCCAAGUCGCGUCAGAGACAUGUAACAAUUGUGGAACCAGAUACGAGUGAUAUGGAAAAUACACAGCCGCAGCUUCAGCGUUCCAUGACCCGGCAGGAAGAGCAGCUGGUGGUUCCAAAGUCAAACAUAGAUGAACUGGAAAUGCCGUCGUUGCAAUGUGUUGAUGAAGUGAGAUUGAAUGACGUAGACACUGGUCCAGAGACAAUCAUUAAUUCGCCACCAAAAACAUUCAACAACAACACAUCUCAUAUUAGUUCGCGGGAGGAAGUGAUGCCGCCUUCGCUGCCCAUUGAAACUGACUUGGAUGAGAUGCCAAGUACAAGCAAUAAUACGAGCAGUAAUCGUCGCAGAGGUAAAAAGAAGAAGGCAUCGAAUAACGACGUCAAGAUAAAAAAAAAUGAAGCAGCAGUGUCGCGUGCAAAAAAAAGUCGCAGGGAAGAGGCCAAAAAAGAAUUGGAUAAUCUUGCUAUUAAUCUGCCAAACCGGACGCUGCCUCCAUCCGAACACGAUGACGAUCAAAACACAACUGGAGUUCGAAAGUCCAAACGGGGACACAUUCCAUUGUGCAACACCUGGGUGCACACAGUGGAUGAUCCUUUUUUCUUCCUAUAUAAAAAACCCUAUCAACGCAAAGUUUAUCCCCUACCACCGAAGCCAAAAAAGAAAUUACAAAUUAAUAACACGGAUUUAUUUGUGGACAAACCGCCGUUGGCCAGUAGCACACCAAGCAACGAAGCCACCAACGUCACAAGCAGCGACACUAAAGCAGACAAACAGAAUCGUAAUAGAAAGCAAUUAACCGGAAUAACAUUGAGUAGCAUAGCUGAGCAACCAGAAGAACGUUCUAUGGAAUUUAUGAGGCAGGAGCAACUGCAAGAGCAGCCAAUUGAGACGAAAACCUCUAAGCGGGGACGACCAAAAAAAAAUGAUCCGAUAUCUUCCAAGGAUAUUGUCACACCGAAAACAUUGGUCUCUUCAGCAACACAAACAGAUUUUGAACCUGCGCUGGAAUGUCAUCCCACGGUCCAGUCAACAAACUCGUCGCAAAAUGACGGAUUUCCUCUGAAUUGGCUACGAAAUUUAAAUGAUCAACCCAUUCCCAAAGAUAACAGUACACAUCAAGAAUUUAAAUCAAUGAAGAUUUCUCGUGCAUCCAAUUUGCAGUACUCGAAAAUAAGCGGACUCGACUAUGCGUUUUAUGGAGGAAGCGAUAACACUAUUGGGUUUAUCCGUUUUCAACCCUUCCAAGUCCGAGGCAUUAAUAAAGCUAAAAGCAAAUUGCAAUUCGUUGUUUUUUAUGGUGAAUUCGAAAUUGAAACUAACGAUUUGGAAACCAAAACAGACCCGAAGAAAAGUGAACUACUUCCUACACGCGACACUAUAAGCGCUGGCGAUUUUUUGCUAAUAAAGAUUGGUACUCAAUACAAUAUCAAAAACUGUUUAGAUGCGGAAGGCGUUCUACUUAUUAACCGCUGUUCUUGAAUACAUACAGGCAUGCUCCGGUUUUCACUUUUCGUUUUCGAUUUGGGACCAAAACCGAGAUUUUCGUUUUUAGGUGCUCCGGUUUUCACAAGUUUUUAGUUAUCGUUUUG